CAGUCAGAAGAAGUUUUUGAGAGAAGCUGCGCGAGUUGCUUGGCGCUCCGUGUUGUUGAUUUGAUUUUUCGUGGAAAUUCGUGUAAUAAAUAGUGCUGAACUAUGCAAAAGUGCCCCGUGUGCAUGGACAUUUAAUGUGUUUAGUGCGAAAAUUGUGGAAUUGCGGUGAAAUUGCAGUUUCCGUGGAAAAUGUAUAGAAAAACACGCUGGGUGGUCUAAAAGAAGGUAUUCCAUAUACCCAUCGUCGUCGCAAUAAUGGUGUUAGACGAGUAGAGAAGGUGGGAGAGAAAGAAGUGUGUGCGCGCGCGAGUAGUAGAAGAAAAAAAAACAUAAGACGAAGGUUCUGUGCGAGAGCGCCCCAUUUGUGCGGCGACACCACCAUGCACGAACUCCCGCGUGUCCCGGACUCCCAUGGGGAUCACAUCGAUGAGAAGCUCUUCUCGGAUUUGUACGUGAGGACGAGUUGGGUGGAUGCAGCCACGGCAUUUCAGCAGAUUGAGAGCGGCAAGGCGAGAGGACGUCGUCUGGCUGUGUACAUACGAUCAGUACUCCAGGUGCACCUCUACUCCUUGGGAUCCUACCUACAGAAGCACGCUGGAAAGGUCAUUUUCGUGGCUAUCCUAGUAUUAAGUUCUUUCUGCGUGGGGCUCAAGAGUGCAACAAUUCAUUCCAAAGUGCAGCAAUUGUGGAUCCAAGAUGGUGGACGCCUCGAGGAGGAACUAAAGUACACGCUAAAAUCUUUGGGGGAAACGGGCUCAGCGACGCAUCAGCUAAUGAUUCAGGUGUCAAAGGAGCCAAAUGCAUCAAUACUGCACACGCAUGCACUCAUGAUACAUCUGGAAGUCCUGCGGCGGGCCACUGCAGUGACGGUGCACAUGUUCGAUACGACCUGGGGCCUCAAGGAUAUGUGCUACUCAAUGAACGCCCCAAACUUCGAUGUCCACCUUAUUGAGCAGAUUUUCGAUAACAUCAUUCCGUGUGCCAUAAUCACGCCGCUUGAUUGUUUCUGGGAAGGAAGUAAACUCCUUGGACCAGAAUUUCCGGUUCACAUACCGGGUUUAGCAAAGAAACUCCAGUGGAGCUCACUAAAUCCGCAGCAUUUACUCAAAAAUAUGGAAGCACUGAACUACCAUUUCCCCUCAAAGACAAUCGAAAAGUACCUCAAAGGAGCAGGAAUAACAACAGGCUACACGGAGAAACCUUGUUUGGAUGUUCGUGACCCACAAUGCCCGGAAACGGCAAGGAAUAAAAAUUCAACUCAGGCUUUGGAUAUUGGAGCAGAAUUGACAGGAGGAUGCUAUGGCUAUGCAACAAAGUACAUGCAUUGGCCUGAGACACUGAUUACAGGUGGAGCUGUUCGCAAUAGAACGGGUCACCUGAAGAAGGUAACAGCGCUACAAUCGGUGGUUCAGCUAAUGGGUGAACGAGAGAUGUAUGAAUACUGGAAUAAUCACUACAAGGUACAUCACGUUAGCUGGAGCCCAGAAAAGGCGACAGCAGUGCUCACGGCGUGGCAGAAGAAGUUUGCUAUUGAGGUUAGCAAAAUCGUCAAAAUGGAUGAAUUAACGUCAUCCUACAACAUGUUUGCCUUCUCAUCGGCUGCCCUCGAUGAAAUUCUCGAGAAAUACUCCAAUCCCAGCCCCAUGGGCUUGGCAAUUGGUGUCGUGACCAUUGUAGUUUAUGCGGGAAUUGUGCUGUCCAACUUCCAAAAUCCCGUCCGGAGUCAAAUGGGUUUGGGUAUUGCCGGUGUUCUCCUUGUGGGUGUUUCAACGGCAGCUGGUUUGGGUUUCUGUGCACUCCUUGGGAUCUCCUUCAAUGCAGCCACCACCCAGGUUGUACCAUUUCUGGCACUUGGCCUUGGGGUGGAUCAUAUCUUCUUGCUGUCGCAUGAGUAUGCAAAGCAAACGAAUGAGGAACAAACAGCGGGGAUUCUCAAGAAAGUGGGUUUGAGUGUUUUUGUGAGUGCUGCCUGUACGACUGGCUCCUUCCUGGCGGCUGUUCUCAUUCCCGUUCCUGCCCUUCGGCUAUUUUGCCUUCAGGCAGCUAUUCUCAUGACAUUUAAUCUGGCGGCCGUUGUGAUUGUUUUCCCAGCACUCAUUUCACUCGAUAUGCGGAGAAGACGAUCAAAUAGGAUUGAUUUACUUUGCUGCUGCCUCCCGCCGAUGCCGGAGAAGACACUCAAACAGCACAACAAGGCAGCUGCUUUUCAUGCGGAAAAUCUCACUGAAUGCUCUCUGGGGAACUUCCUUCGGUUUUCCCUUGUGGAAUUUGUGGAGAAGUGCUAUGUGCCGUUCAUUAUGAAGCGCAUUGUGAAGAGUGUGGGCAUGACGAUGUUUGCCAUUGCCCUGGCAUUUGGUCUCUAUGGCACGCUGAAGCUGCAGGAUGGGCUCGAAUUGACGGAUCUUGUGCCGAAGAAUUCGGAAGAGCACAAAUUCCUCAAUGCUCAGGAGAAAUUAUUCGGGUUCUACUCAAUGUUUGCCGUGACGCAGGGAGAUUUUGAGUAUCCGAUGAAUCAGAAACUCCUCCAUGACUACCAUGAGGCAUUUGUGCGGGUAUCGCAUGUCCGGAAGAAUGACAAUGGAGGCUUACCGGAUUUCUGGCUGGGAUUGUUUCGUGACUGGUUGGUGGAUUUGCAGAAAGCCUUCGACAGGGAUUAUGCUCAGGGGCGCAUAACGCAAGAGAGGUGGUUUGCAAAUGCAUCCGAUGAUGCCAUCCUGGCGUACAAACUCCUCGUGCAGACGGGACAUGUGGAUAAUCCCAUCGAUAAGAGUCUAGCCACACAGAAUCGUCUUGUUGAUCAUGAGGGUAUCAUAAAUCCCAAGGCUUUCUACAACUACCUCUCAGCAUGGGCAUGGAAUGAUAUUCUCGCCUAUGGGGCGUCUCAGGGUAAUUUGAGACCAGAACCACGCGAAUGGUAUCACUCUCCGAGUGAUUUUGAACUGAAAAUACCCAAAAGUGCCCCACUGACCUACACACAGUUGCCGUUCUUCCUCCACGGAUUGCACGAUACCACCGAAAUUAAGGCCACCAUUAUGCAAAUUCGGGAGAUUUGUGAAAAAUUUGAAUCUCGUGGCCUCCCGAAUUAUCCAUCAGGUAUUCCCUUCACAUUCUGGGAACAAUACAUGAAUCUCCGGGAGAAUCUUACUCUUGCCCUGGGAGCUGCCAUUGGGAUGGCCUUCAUUCUCGUGGCAAUUGUCCUCCUGUCACUCUGGGGGGCCUUCCUAAUUGUUUUCUGCGUCAUCGCAACACUGGUCCAGCUCCUCGGCACCAUGACGCUGCUCGAUAUCAAACUCUCCGCCAUUCCCGCCAUCAUUCUCGUGCUCAGCAUCGGCCUCAGUGUCUGUUUUACGAUCCACAUAUCUCUGGCUUUUGUCACAGCGGUGGGAGCAAAAGAUAGGCGGAUACGGAUCGCCCUGGAGUACGCCCUAACGCCGGUAAUUCAUGGCAUUAUAACAACAACCCUGGCCAUCGUGAUGCUGUCCACGUCGCCAAUUGAAUUCAUCGUCCGCCACUUUUUCCUGCUGCUCCUUUCGACGGUGUUUGUGGGUGCCCUCAAUAGUUUAUUCUUCUUCCCCAUCAUCCUGAGCCUCGUGGGGCCCACAUCGGAGAUUGUACCGCUUGCAAAUCCCGAUCGUAUCUCCACACCGUCCCCGCGACCGUGUAGACGGUCACGGAAGAGCCACAAAGUGGUCACCGUGAAGGAUAGGAGCUUCCUCCGGGAUGGGUUGAGUCAGUCGAAGCACCAUCCCAAGAGUGCGGCGACACUGGAGAAGGAGCCCUCACUCACCACCAUCACGGAGGAGCCGCAAUCGUGGCAGAGUUCGGCGUCCUCAAUGCACGACGUGGGCGCCAUACCGGGGUCUGCGGUGCGCAACAACAUCACCCUCCAACCCGAAGUUACCGUACAGCAGGAGGGUCAGGAGGGUAAAGUACAAACUGUGACGAUACGGUCAUCGCUCAAGUCACAGAGUCUGGACCUCGAGACAAUCCAGCUUAUUUCCUUGACUGACAAAGUGGAAAGUAAGAAGCUCAGCACGCCGUCCAUCGUGAAGACGGAGGUGGAGCUCGUGACGCCCAGCUGUUGCUCGGGGUCCAGCAGUAGUUAGCGACCUAAGUGCAUUUACACAACCCACGUAACAUUAAAUAAUGAGAAAAAAUUGAUUUAAUUAAUUAAAUGACGAUUGAUGAGAAACUUCUACGAUUAAAUUUUUAUUAAUUCACGGGCAGCAUUCUCUUAGUGCCCGUGGGAGGCGCACAAUUCUUUUUUAUUUAUAUUUAUAUACUUUUGUAAUAAAGUCUUAUAGGUUGAAGAUAAAA